CAUCGGAUGACGACACCCUCGUCCGGUCGAGUGGGCUAGCUCCAGAUCCUGCACGACUCCCUCAGGCAAUGGCUACGUCAAGCCGCACUGGCGGUGUCGGGACCGGGAAAAAGAGAAAAGCUGGAGAUGAAAACUCGAGAGCUUGAUCGGAGACGAGCCACGCCGGAGGAUCUAUAAAAGGGCCAUUGGCACCCGCGGGAUCAAGGUGCUUUGCAGGACAAUCAGACACAGACACCAUGGGAUUCACAUCCAGGGCACUUGCCCUCGCUCUUCUCGUGCCGGGCCUCCUCGCCGCACAAUGCUCGAAUUCAUCUCUCGCGGACGGUCUGACUGUCCAGACUCGCACCGGAGUCUACACGGGUGUGAUCGAGGAGGAGAAUCCGAACACACGCAUCUUCAAGUCCAUCGCCUUCGCCCAACCCCCCGUGGCCUCCCGGAGAUGGCUGCCCCCUGCUAAGCUGGCCAACUCCACCACCCAUCACACGACCUACCACUACCCCCCCUCCUGCCCGCAGUAUGUGUCCUCGGCGACCUCCCUGUGGAACCAGUACCUGGGAGAGGGUGACAUGAUCUACAACGGAAACCAGGGCUACAGUUCCGGUCUCGUGGGCGAGGCCACGUCCGAAGACUGCCUGUACCUGGCCGUCUGGACGCCUGCCAAUGCGACGGCGGCGUCCAAGCUCCCCGUCCUGUUCUUCAUGACGGGCGGGGCCUUCACCACCGGCGGCAUCGAUAUCAACUGGCAGAAGCCCACCAGCUGGGUGGAGCGGACCCAGGAGCACAUCGUGGUGACCAUCAACUACCGCGUGAACAUCUUCGGGUGGCCCAACGCGCGGGGGCUCCAGGACCAGAACCUGGGCAUCAUGGACCAGCGCGCCGCCCUGGAAUGGGUGUCCGAGAACAUCGGCCAGUUCGGUGGGGAUCCCGCGCGGAUCGUGCAAUGGGGCCAGUCGGCCGGCUCCCAGAGCGCCGACUUCCACUCGUACGCCUACCACGACAAGCCGCUGGUGAGCGGAUACUUCAUGCAGUCCGGCACGGCCCUCAAGUCGCUGGGCUUCUCCGACUACGACCAGACCAACUUCACCUUCGUGGCGCAGCAGUUCGGCUGCGACUUCCCGUGUGACGCCCAGGCGGAGCUGGAGUGCAUGCGCCAGGUGCCGUUCGCGGAGAUCUCCAACUUCGUCGGCCAGUACGCCGACAACGGCACCGAGCCCGCGCUGAGCUUCAGCGUCGUGCCCGACGAGCGGCUGAUCUUCAGCGACUAUCCCACGCGCGCGGCGGCGGGCCAGAUCGCCCACCGACCGGUCAUCAUCUCCAACUGCGCCAAUGAGUACGCGGCCCUGAUCACGUACCCGGUCAACAACCUGACAGCCGGGCCGGACCCGGCUGCGGUGCUGGAGGGCGACAUGACCGACUGGAUGUGUCCCACGGCCAACACCACGAUGCUGCGCCUCCACCAGAACAUCCCGGUGUACCGCUACCAGAAUGGCGGGCAGUACCCGAACCUGAACCCCUUCCGGUGGCUCGGGGCCUACCACGCCAGCGACCUGCCGAUGAACUUUGGCACGUACCCGAUCCAGGAGUACCUGGGCAACAGCACCGCGCUGGAGGCGCACGUGAGCCUGGCCAUGCAGGACCACAUCCUGGCCUUCCUGCAGGACCCCUGGACCGGACCGCAGUCGCUGGGCUGGGAGCCCGUCAACGGGUCGACCGGGUCGGGGGGGCAGGUGGUCCGGUUUGGGGCGGAUGGCAAGGCGGUUCAGCAGGUGGAUCGCAUGGAGAUCGAUGGGCCCUGUUGGGGGAUUGGGAAGUAUGAUCAGUUCCCGUAAGAAAGAUGAAAGAUGUGACCAUGUAGCUACCUACCUACCUGUAUACUAGAGAUUAGAACUACGAUAGCCGAUGCUGACGGGGGAUGACCAAAAUUCCACGUGAUGAUGAC